UUUGAAAACAGUUAAUUCACUAAUAUCCCAAUACCAUUACACAGAGAAAGAUGGCGAGCAAGAAAGCGUUCGAGCUUCAGGUCACUAAGAUGGUCGUAAUGGGAGGCCAUUACGAAGUAGGAGACUUUUACGACUACCGAAACGACUGCGUGAUAACAGGAAGGAAAUGCUGGGAUUCGGAUGCAAUUGCGGAAGCUACGUCUAGCGAUAAUCGAUUUACUUUGAAAUUAAAAAGCCCUGGAUCCGGCUCUACUAGCAACAAGUGGAAAAACAUGGGACUUGAAGAGCAUUCACAGGCCAGCAUCAUGGCCGGUCUGGUUGAAAAUCAACGUGGUGCUACAAAGUACUUGAUUGAUCAAGAUGGUUUUUCAGAAGCUAGUCAAGUCUUAAUAUGCCGAGCCAAGUCAGGGAAAGUGCAGCUGGACUAUGAAUCUCUUAUCAGCCAAGACGUUCUGUAUCUACAGGAUUUCGGACAAGAUAAAAAUAGGAAAAUUAAUCCAACCCACAUUGUGGUGGGCGUCACUUACGGAGCUGAAGUCUAUUGCGUCCUAACAUUGGAGUCGGAGGAAAACGCUCGGAAAGAUACGGAAGAGUAUCUAUCCAAAAUAGCAAGUAAAAUGGAGGAGGCGUUGGACGACCAUUUCAAUCUCAGCGACUUUAAGGACCAGUUUGAUAAGAAAGAUAAGACUCAGUUGGCUCGUGUAAAAUGUCGUCUGUAUGCCGAUCUGCCAACUUCUGCUUUCCGCGAAUGCGGCGUCUUUGAAGCUUACAAACAAUGCUACGAGCUCAUCCAGCAACUGCAGAAUAGGGACGUCAGAAACAGCGAAUCGAUUCCGAUCGCCAUCUUUCUUUACCCUCUUAAAACUAUCAUGGGAAAAGUCGAUGGUAAACCCUUCGAAUAUCACGACGUCGAUCCAAAACUAGUGGCACGUUGCGGCCUGAUUUGGAUUGAACUGGACCGAAUCUGCGCAAAAUCAGCUGCUAUUCGCGUUUUGAACAAAAGAGCCGAUAAAUCUUCAUUGCUUCAAUUCGAAGAGGCGGUAGCUCAAUACAAAGAUGUCGUGCAAAAGUCUUUGAAACACGGCAUCAAGACAGCGCGAGAAACUGGUCAGCAAAACGAAAUUGAAAGGAUCAUCAACAUUGCUGAAAACCACUCGAUUUUCAGUCCACGUCGUUUGGAAGAAUGGCUCGAAUACCAGCAAGCCGAACACGAGAUGUACGACAAGAUCAGCAAUAUGACCAACAUCGUUUGUGUGUCAAGCAACAAACUGGAAAUGGAACUGAAAAAUUUGAUUGACACUAACUAUGCGCUGGUACUCAGCGUUCCAUUAUUGAACAAGCGGAUGAACAGUACACUAGCGGCCAUGAAGAACUACGUCGAUUCUGAAUUUGAGCCCAUAAAAGAUUCAAAUGCCGACGCAGACUGCGAGGGCAGUGUAGGCAACAACAUCCAACGGAAGCAGAAGCACGUAUUCGCCAAAGUAUGCGAGUUUACCGAACACGUCGAAAAGAAUAAACACCUAGGGAACACAGUGGAAUUUUUUAUCGUAUUCGGUCAAUCAGCCGUAGAAUUCCGCUGUCGUUAUUCCGUCUACGAAAAGGAACGUUUACUUAGUGGCAAUUUGAACCAGUUGCCCGGCCCUCCUACUGGCCUGCAGAUUCACGUCCCGAAAAGCCGUAAUGUCAGGAAAACAAGUGAUACGUACCCCAUCGAUCUUGAGUGGGUCUAUGAAGACCUUGGUUUUCCCUGUUACUUCUUGGUACAAUAUCGGAUGGUUUGGAACAAGGAUGAAGAUUGGACGCAACGGAGGACGGCCAAACCCGGUGAAACCCAGCUGGCAAUCGCCUACAAAAUUGGAUCGGCGAUGGAGAUCCGCGUGGCGGCUGACACUUGCAUCGGUCGAAGUGAAUUCAGUCAAGUAGUCGACACAAUAACCAUACGGGAACUUCAUGAAGACGAAGAGGCGACACCUGAAAACGGACGUUUGCAUUCGGAAGCAGAUAUUAACGCCAGCUCCAACGAUGAUGCGGAGAUGUAUCGCGUCAGGAAGGCUGAAUCUGCAACAUUUCAAUUAACGAAUCAACAGCCAAUAGAAAAUCAAAAUACUGAAGCUAUUUUACAGUCUACGUCGCGGGAAGGUCGGGAGGCGCUUGACUCUACGAGCAUGACAAAGAAUAAAGAAACUUUGCGACGUAUGGAUCACGAUAGUAACGAAAAAGAUCUGAAAAAAGAAGAUGGAGACGACGGCGGGAAAUCACAAGAGGAAGACAAAACAUGUAAGAAGGCGAUCGAAUACGUCACUGAGAUGGUGGUGCUGGAAGGCGGAUUUCAAGUAGGCGACUUGUACGACUAUCGCAGCGAUCGCAUUUUGACAGAUGGUCGGAAGUAUGUGGAGUCAAGCAAAAUAGGAUCGGCUGUUGAGGUGGAAUACAGUCUGGAAUUCGCAUGCUGCGAAUCGAGUUCCAUGAGCGAUAAAAUGGGAAAUAUGGGCCUUAAUGAGCACUUCCAGGCCAGCUUCAUGGGCGGCCUCAUAGAAAAGUCUCGCGGUGGCAGUAAAUACCUGAAUAACUGCUGCCCUUCAUCACAAGCAGCGCAAGUCCUGAUUUGCCGUGCCAAAUCAAAAGGGGUGAGAAUGGAUUUGCAUAAUCUUGCGAUUCUAGACGUUGAGCAUCUCUAUGAAAUCGGGACAAAAAAAAACCCGUCGAAAUCCAACUCAAAUCCAACACAUAUUGUGGUAGGCGUCACUUACGGGGCCGAAGCCUAUUGCGUCCUUAUGCGCGAUCUUGAAGACGCCGAGACAGACGACGAUUCUCGUGAAGAGGCUGAACAGUGCUUGUCCAAAAUCGCAAAUCAAAUGAGGGAAGCAUUGGAUGAAAAACAAAAUUUAGCCGAUUUCAAGCAACAGUUCAAUGUGAAAGAGAGAAAACAGUUGGGUAGCAUCAAGUGUAACCUGUAUACCGAUUUUCAAACUACAAUUGUACAGGAUUGCAGCGUCUCUGACGCUUAUAAGCAUUGCCUCAAGUUCAUCGAACUAGUCGAGAAGAGUGGCAUUGGAAACAACAAAUCCGUUCCGAUAGCUGUGUCUCUUUGCCCUCUUCAAGCAAUCAUGGGGCAAGAUGAGGAAGACCAGUUUAAAUCUAACGAUGUCGAUCAAGACCUCAUCAGUCGUUGUGCCUUUAUUUGGAACGAAUUGGAAAAAAUCUGUGCGAAAUCCGUUGCCAUUCGCACUGUCAACAAAAAAAUUGGUAGCACUGCAUUGUGUCAGUUUGAAAAGGCCGUGGGUAAGUACAAAUCGUUCAUGCAAACGAGUUUGAAAAAUGGCAUCACGAAAGUGCGAGAAACUGGACAGCAAAAGGAAAUUGAAAGAGUGGCCCACAUCGUCGAAAACCACGCGAUUUUCAAGCCUUCGCAAUUAGAACGUUGGCUUCUUUUCAAACAGGAAGAGUGCAAUUUGUACGGAAAAAUUAGCAAAAUGGCAAAGAACGUUCGUAUAGCAAGCAAAAACAAGGUGGAGAAUGAACUGGAAGAAUUCUUUGAAACAAAAUACACCAUGACUCUUAGUCUUCCUGCUAUGGACGGAAGGACAAACAAGAUCCUUAAAAAAAUGAAAAACUACACUGAUUCAUGCGUGAAACUGUGUCAGACUGAAGACGAUAGUGAAACGAACGACAACGAGGAAGAAGAGAGCAACAUGCCAUGGACCCAUCAAAAACAAAAUUAUGUUCUCUCCAAAGUUUGUGAGUUUGACAAACACGUGGAAAAGAAUAAACAUCUAGGAAACAAAGUCCGAUUCUUCGUGACUUUCUGCGAGACGGACGAAGCCGUUGGAUGUCGCUACUCUGUUUAUGACACUAAUAGUCUACUAAAGGAUAACAUUAGCCAAUUGCCCGAACCCCCAACAGGUCUGCGGAUUCAAGUAGCGAAAACGAGUAACCCGCAAAAAAGAAACAUCGUUCUACUGUGGGACUAUGCAGAUCUUGGCUUACCCUGUCGUUUUCUUGUGCAAUAUCGACCAAGUGAUGGUAACAAUGAACCUUGGAUGGAGAAGGAAACAACAAAACCCGGCGAAAUGCAAAUUACUAUCCGCCACAAAACGGGAUCGGCGAUAGAAUUCCGCGUUGCGGCCGACACUUGCAUCGGCCGAACUGAGUUCAGUGGAGUAUUCAACCAAGAGUCCGCGUCGGAUGCUGACGAUGAUGAGGAAAACAAUUCAGACAGCGUCUCGACGUACUCGGAAGAGGUAAGACAACGCUCCGAAAUGAGAGAACCCGCCGCUUCGUUGCAAAGCAGUCGGUCAUCGACGAGAAAUGUUACAACUACGUUAAAACCUCCGACUAAUGUGGAGGUUGAAACGGUCACGCAGAGCACAGCCGAACUGGGGUGGAUUGAUACUGUAAACAAGAGCGUCUCUUAUCGGGUUCGCUAUUGGCAAUACGGACAGGAUGAAACGCAGGCUGAGGAACUGGAAAUCGCCGUCGGUGAAACCAGCUGUCGGCUGGAACGUCUCCAGCCUGAAACAACAUACAGCGUCAAGAUCGUGGCCGUUUCAAAGGGCGGACGGGAGAUGAGUGAGCCUAGUGAGACAAUCAACCUAAAGACCGUCCAUAAACACGUCCGUUUCGCUUUAACUAUGUGCAAGCGUGGCAUAAAGGUUGCUGAAAGAAACGGGUUGGAUCUCCUCGCUGUUCCACUCAAAAAAUCAUCUCGAUCCAAUCGCACCGUGGAACGUUUCGUCUUUGGUAAGGAAGGUAGCGGUGCUGGAAGUGUACUGCAGAGGACGAUUUUGGUGAUGGGCGCCACUGGUGCGGGCAAGACGACGCUGAUCAACGGAAUGAUCAACUACAUCUUCGACGUCCAAUGGGACGACCCGUUCCGUUUUGAGCUCAUUCGCGAGCAACUCGCCGGCAAUUCGCAGAGCCACAGUCAGACCAGCGGUAUCACGGUCUACGACAUCAAUCACACUGAAGGAUUUCGCGUGCCGUACUCGCUGACGAUCGUUGACACGCCAGGCUACGGUGAUACUAAAGGUCUCGACCGCGACAAGGAAAUCACGGAAAUGAUUCGCAAGUUUUUCGAAGACAAAGACGGCAUCCAAAAUGUGGACAUUAUUGGAUUUGUCGCACAAGCUUCGUUGCCUCGCUUGACGCCCACCCAAACGUACAUCUUCGACUCUGUGUUUUCCAUUUUUGGUAAAGAUGUCGAGGAAAACAUAGACUUUUUGUUGACGUUUGCCGACGGCCAGCACCCACCUAUUCUGACCGCUAUCGCAGCGGCCGAGCUACCCUACCCAAAGGAACCUGAUACCGGCAUGCCACGCCAUCACAAGUUCAACAAUUCCGGUUUCUUCUGUACAAACCGCGAAUCCAGCGGCACGAGCAAAACGGUCGACAAGUUCAACCGCUUCUUCUGGCGUAUGGGCAUGGAGAAUUUCGAGCUUUUCUUCUCCACGUUAGCUUCGAUGAAAUCGAAAUCGCUUUCGUUAACUAAACAAGUUCUGGAGGAGAGGAGGCAACUGGAAGCGACGGUGCAGGGGCUUCAACCCCUAAUCAAACACGGUUUGACUAAAAUGGAGGAGAUGAGAAAAGUGACGCAAAUGAUCACAGACUGCCAGGCGCAGAUUGACGCCAAUCAAAAUGUCACGAUCGAGGUGGAGGUCAACGAAGCCGUGCAAGUCCAGUACACCGAUGGUUGCCUAACAAACUGCAACAAAUGCCACUACACAUGUCACAUCCCGUGUUAUUUGGACAAUACUGAUAACAAGCUCAAAUGCUCAGCUAUGGAUCACUCAAUGCCGGAAGCAACUCGAUCGUGUACCGUUUGUCCGCAAAAGUGUAUCUGGAAUUUGCACGAAAAUCAACCGUACAAGUGGGAAUAUGUCAAGCAGAAGAAGACCACUUCAUCCGACGCUGUCAAAGCAAAGUACGAAAAGGAAAUGAAAAAGAAGUUGACGGCCACGCAACUAGUGCAAAUUCUGGAAAAGGAUGUCGAGAAAAACGAUGAGAUGGUUCUGCAACAUGUUGUCACUGUUACGCGAUGCAUCAAGCGACUUGAGGAGAUCGCUUUGCGUCCAAAUCCGUUCUCGACGCCCCAGUAUAUCGAUUUGAUUAUCGACUCAGAGCAGAACGAAAAACGUCAAGGCUACAAAGAGAGGAUCGAGAGUUUGAAGAAACUCCGUCAGAUGGCCGUCAUUACGACCAAGAUCAAAAAUAAGGAAAAUGUAAUGAGCAGAGAUCGAAAAGACGAUUAUGAAGAGGAGGACGACAAUUAAACGGCCUACGCGUACGACGAUGAUGAUGACACCCUGUCGUUGCAGAGCGAACACAUUUAACUAAAAUAAAAUCUUACUAUUUUUUGUUAUUGAAGUACCCGCUGAAGUCCAUCAUCUAUUCCCCGCUUAAGUUUAUCAUCUAUUCCCCGCGUAAGUCCAUCAUCUAUUCCCCGCGUAAGUCCAUCAUCUAUUCCCCGCGUAAGUCCAUCAUCUAUUCCCCGCGUAAGUCCAUCAUCUAUUCCCCGCGUAAGUCCAUCAUCUAUUCCCCGCUUAUCAAUUUGUUGUUUAGUAUUUGACCCGAGUGAAAGUGAAGCACGUCAAAGUAGUACACAGCAAUAUCAUCA